AUUCGCAUUCACGCGACUGCGCGAUUCGCUGUUCUAAGUAGCACUGAAAGCAACUAUUAUCAUCAAUUACUCUUGAGCUCCAGUCUCUAUAGGGGUGGCAUAGCAAUCUAUUCUAGUACGCCUUGAAUCAAAUUGCCAAGCUGUUUUCUCGAAUUUUCGCUUCUUUUCGCCGGACAAUGCCGCCACCCGUGGAGAACCCUUCUGACGACGAGUCAACCGGAGAAUCUAUACCUUAUAACGACGCGAAAGAAGACCAUGACUCAGAUGCCGAAAACCAAGAAGACAAUGAUGAUGAAGAGGAUGAGGAGGAUGAGGAGGGCGUCUAUGUCGUUGAAAAGAUUCUCGGUCACGACUUUGCGAAGAAUGGAACUCUCCUCCUGCAAGUGAAAUGGAAAGGAUACGAUGACCCUGCAGAUGAGACCAUGGAGCCGGAGGAGAACCUGCUGGAGGGCGCAAAAGACCUGGUUGAAGAAUACUACCGUGUUCAUGGUGGUCGGCCUGAGAAACCCCAGCGGGGGAAGCGCAAGUCCAUGACUGGGCCAAAGCAGACGCCAGAGAAAAGUGAACCUAAAAGGCGUAGAAAGUCCCGCGCGGAAGCUGCCACCGAAACUCCAGAUGAAGAUGAUGCAGAUUUACCUCCUUGGGUUCCCCGGACCGGUAGCUGGGAGAACGAAGUGCAAAAUGUUGACACAAUCCUGCGUGAUGCGGAAACAUCGACUUUAAUUGCAUAUCUCCAGUGGAAGAAUGGAAAGAAGUGCAAGGUCUCCCUUGAGACCUGUUAUGAUAGAUGCCCCCGAAAGAUGCUUAAAUUUUACGAGGAGCAUUUGGUUUUUAAGGAAGGUUGAGUUGAUUCUACACCAACAUUCUUUGGCAACUUCCUUUUUCUUGUCCUUUUCUAGCCUGGUGUGUAAAUUGGUUUAACUCAAGAUUCCUGUCUAAUUUCGUUGGGAAGUGAGAGGCAGUAUCUUUUCUAGAUAGUACUGUUUGAUCACAGUGCAUAAAUGGGUGUUCCGCUGGUGUUUUUGAUUUAUCUAUGAACUCUAAUGGCAAUUGGUAUCUCUGAGAAAUGGGAAACAACAAGUAGGGAAACAAAAGGAAAAAAG